GGCUUAUAUACACUGAAUGAGGGGCUGAGCGACUGGCACUGAAGAAACCUGAAGCAUCCAUGAUUGAAAUGCUGUUUUGAGGUCUUUUUGCAUUGGAAAUAGCAAAAGUAAAUCAUGACGGCCGAUCAGGCCGCGCGGCCGCGCAAGUCGACGCGUGAAACCGGCGAGCUGCCUCCCUACAGCUACAAGCCCUUGAAGCAUCGAUGGGAGCUUAAACUGAACUUUAUGUCAGGCGUAACGCUGGGGCCGUGGCUGUUGUUCCUGUGGACACACGGGCGCGACAUUCACUGGCGCCUGUUCUGGCACCGGGUCGCCUUCCUCAGUCUCAUGGCGGCGAUCAACACUCUGCUGGCGCUGUUUGACUGGCUGCUGCACUCCCGGGCCGUGGCCGCCCAGCCGCUGCACCCCGAGCCGCUGUUCGUGCUGGGCCACCCCCGCAGCGGCACCACACACCUACACAACCUGCUGAGCCGCGACCCCGCCUUCGCCUUCGCCAACACCUUCCACGCGGGCUUCCCCUCCUCCUUCCUGACGCUGGAGCCGGCCCGCGGGCUGCUGCGGGGGCUGCUGGCGCCCACGCGACCCAUGGACCGCAUGGCGCUCAGCUGGGAGCUGCCGGCGGAGGACGAGAUAGCGAUCAACGUGCUGUCGGGCGGCCGCGUGUCGCCGUACGCAGCCCUGGUGCUGCCGCGGGCCUGGCGGGCGGGUGGAGGGGGAGCGGGGAGAGGGGGGAGAGGAGAGGAAGGGGGAGGUGAAGGAGGGGGAGGAGGAGGGUGGGGGAGUGGGCGGGCGGGCGGCGGCGUGGUGGGGCUGCGGGAUUUCCUGGAUUGGGACGCGGAAGAGGAUGAGGAGGCGGAGGCGGAGGAGGCGGAGGAGGGCGAGGAGGUGGAAGGUGAAGCGGAGGCAAAGCCGCCCACAUCUGCCGCGGCUGCAGCGGCUGCUUCAUCCGCGGCGGCAGCGGCGGUGGCAGCAGCAGCGGCAGCUGCGGCGGCGCCUGAUGCGGCAGCAAAUGUCGGGGGUGCAGGCGCAGGGGCCGCAGCAACAGGCGGCCCUCAAGCGAAACGGCAGCAGCAGCAGCAGCAGCAGCAGCAGCAGCAGCAGCAGCAGCAGCAACAAUUGCGUCGGCGGCGGGCGGAGCUGCGGGCGGCGGCGUUUGCGGAGUGGCUGUCGGCUUUCAUGUGGUUCAUGAAAAAGAUCACGUACCGGCACGUGCGGCUGAAGAAGCAGCAGCAGCAGCGGUCGCCAGCCGGCGGCCACCAACCGCCGUCCUCCCAACCGUCGCAACCAUCCCAACCGCCCCAACCGCAACCGCCCAUGCUGCUGAUCAAGAGCCCGGUGCACACGGCGCGGCUGGCCACGUGGCUGCGGCUGUUCCCUCGGGCGCGGUUCGUGUUCGUGCACCGCCACCCUCUGGAG